UGUGCUUUACAUUCGGUCAUCGGUCGGUUAUUUUUCCAUUUUCGAUUCGGCGGUUAUUGGUGGAAUACGCUCGUAAAAUUUUUGCUGUCUGUUUUACAACAUGAUGGUUUUUGGUGAGGUUUGUUAUGUGAAACGCGUCGUGGUACAGAAAGGUUGUUUUACUAUGUUCUAUAUUUUCACCUGAUGGAAUAAUGAAUGUUCCAGAAGUUGUUGAUGUUGAUACCGGAUACAGAAGACGAAUGGAAGCAAGUUUCACGUCACUUUGCUGAGAAAUGGAAUUUUCCCAAUUGCUUGGGAGCUAUAGAUGGGAAGCACAUAAAUAUCAAAGCGCCACCAAAUAGUGGAAGUCUAUAUUUUAACUACAAACAAGCGCAUAGCAUUAUUCUCAUGGGUUUAGCCGAUGCCAAUUACAAAUUUUUGUAUAUUAACAUUGGCGCUCCUGGUCGCGAUUCAGAUGGCGGCGUUUACAUGAAUUGUUCAUUAUCACAAGCGCUGGAAAACAACACACUCAACAUCCCAGAAUCAACACCAUUGCCAGGGAGAAAACAACCUAUCCCCUAUGUUGUUGUUGCAGAUGAUGCAUUUGCAUUAAAACCGUAUAUGCUGAAACCAUUUGCUUUCAAAAGUCAAAGUGUACCAGAACGUAUUUUUAACUAUCGUCUCUCUCGAGCCCGAAGAAUAAUUGAAAAUGUUUUUGGAAUUGCUUCAGCCCGUUUUCGAGUUCUCCGAAGAACUAUGGAACUAUCUCCACCCAAAGUGAAAAUAAUUGUCAGUGCUGUGUGUGUAUUACAUAAUUUUUUGAUGUCUCGAAAACGUUCUUCAGCAGUAUAUGCACCAUUAGGUACUUUUGAUACAGACAACGAGGACGGUACAAUCACGUUAGGCACAUGGCGUAAUACCGAAGCAGUUGUUCUGGAGCCUCUGCAAAGAACUACAGUGCCUAGAAAUGCUACUAUGGCGGCAAAAAUGAUUCGAGACGAGUUUAAAGAAUAUUUCUGUCGAGAGGGAGAAGUUCCCUGGCAACGGUAUUAUAUUUAAAACUAUUACCUACACAUGUAACGACAGCAUACAUACUUAAUAAUUAUAUACUCACUAUAGAAUCUAUUGUUUUUGUCUUGCCCGUGUGCCGAAACAUAAAUUGCAAUGAAUCAAAAAAUUCCCACUUCGUUUUGUAUA